AUGUGGUAUCGUCAGUUAAAGAUGAUUGGGCCAAGCUUUCGGAAGAGUGCGCUGGGCCCAAAUGUACCUGCUUACGUCAAAACUAUACUCCGUGUUCUUUUCGAUACAAAGGAGCAAUUAGACUCGAUGCGCAAAUGGAUUGGUAUCCUGGUGGGUCAAAACAACGAACUCAAGGCAGAAAAUGAAAGCCUGAGAAAGGUUGAUGAGAGUAGAAAUGCGGCUGAUGGAUCAGCGGUCAAGACUGUAGGAUCCAAUUUGCGAGCGAAUGUGAACGUCGUGUAUGAAAGUGAAAUUGAAAAGAGAGUGUUGCAAAUAGGCUCAGCUUGUCGUCCGAUAAAACUCACGUUAUGCGGAUUGGUUCUCAUUCUGUUAGUCCUGUUUACUCGGUGGCGGAUCAAGCGUUAA